AUGAGGCCUGAAAUUGAGAAUAAGUUGGUAAAACAACUUUCUACUAGUAACUUUUAUUAUGCUACUCAAUUACUGCAAUACAAUGCUCUUAAAUAUUUAUUAGAAGAAAAGUAUAAAAUAAAGAGACAAAAGCUUUAG